AGGGCGUCACACGAUAAACCAAAAGUUCAAACUAACUUGAUUUGUGUUCAGUCUUUUCAUAAAAUACCGUCCUUCAAGAUGAAGUUGUUGAAUUUUAGUCUUGUUUUGCUGUUUGUCUGCGUCUCAGACGCCUUGAUCAGACUUCCUCUUCAUAAAUUCAAGACCGUUCGAAGAACAUUAAAAGAUUUACAUAUUUCAAUUGAUAAAUUACAUGGUCGAUAUAAUCAUCAACCUCUACAGUUUAAAAAUGGAGUUGUUAACAUGAACAUAGGAGACCCCAAACCAGACCCUGAACCCUUGACUAACUACUUAGAUGCCCAAUAUUACGGGGCUAUUGGUAUUGGAACUCCGAAACAAUCUUUUAAAGUUGUUUUUGAUACUGGAUCAUCUAAUCUGUGGGUGCCGUCUAAAAAAUGCAAGUUAACUGACAUAGCUUGUUUGUUACACAAUAAAUAUGACAGCUCCAAAUCCUCCACCUACAAGGCUAACGGCACUAAAUUCGCCAUCCAAUAUGGUACUGGAUCUUUAACUGGUUUUCUGAGUACUGAUGAUGUUACAAUUGGUGAAAUAACCGUCAAACAUCAGACCUUCGCCGAGGCUGUCACUCAACCCGGUAUUACCUUCGUUGCUGCUAAAUUUGAUGGCAUUCUGGGAUUAGGUUUUGACACGAUCUCAGUAGACCAGGUUACUCCAGUCUUCUAUAACAUGGUCAAUCAAAGUCUAAUUCCUGACCCAGUUUUCUCUGUUUAUCUUGACAGAAAUCCAGAAGGUAAAGAAGGAGGUGAGUUGAUAUUUGGUGGAAGUGAUCCCAAUCAUUAUAAUGGUAGUUUUAGUUAUUUACCAGUUACUAGAAAGGGAUACUGGCAAUUUAAGAUGGACGGUAUUAAUGUAGAUGGCAAGGCCAGUUCUUUCUGUUCAGGAGGUUGUCAAGCUAUAGCUGAUACUGGUACCUCACUUCUAGCCGGACCUUCCGACGAGAUUGCCAAGUUACAGACCAUGAUUGGAGCUACUCCAUUAGCUAAGGGAGAGUAUAUGGUGGAUUGUAAUAAAAUCUCCAGUCUGCCACCAAUUACCUUCAUGUUAGGAGGAAAACCAUUUACAUUACAAGGAAAAGAUUACGUGCUUGUGAUUAGUCAGGCUGGACAGCAGAUUUGUUUGAGUGGAUUUAUCGGACUGGAUAUUCCACCACCAGCUGGUCCUUUAUGGAUCCUUGGAGACGUUUUCCUUGGACCGUUUUACUCCGAAUUCGAUCUUGGAAAUAAUCGAGUUGGAUUAGCUUACUCUGUAAAUUCAAAUUAAUGUAUUUUUUCAUAUGGCCAUACCAAUUACUUUUCUUGUUUUACAGAUUUUUUCUUAAAUAUUGAGGUAGGAUCUGUAAAACAAAAAUAAAAAUUGGUCUGGGCCUCUAGGCCAGUGUUUCUAUAAGAGAGUAGGCUUGAGGCCUGAAAUAUCCGAACUUUACGAAGUGAUACAUGGUUUCUGAUAGGUUAAUAUUGUAUUUGUUUUAUCCAAUCAGACGUGUGAAAACUAAAAGAUAUUUUAGUCAGGAUGUUCCAGGCAUCAAACCUUCUAUUUACAGGAAUCUUACAAUCAAAAAGGCGGGAUAUUUUCUUUGCACAAAAUACUCUCAUGAAAAGUAGGGCCUAAUAUUUUAGGUGAAAAUAUUUAUAAAGAUCAGAAAUAUAGAGACAAGCAUCGUGAUAUUAGCAUAUAAAACUAUUUUGUAGCUUGUCAAUCACAUUAGGUUCUAUUUCCAUCAUAAAAAUGGUUUUAUUUUGUUGCAUUUCACUAAAGUAUAGUUAUUAUUUCGUAUAAAUAUUUUUGUUAGUAAAUUAUAAUAGUAUUAGUGCUGUCUAUUAUCGAGGCUUGUAUGUAUUAUUAUAUAGAAAUAUUAAAACAGAACCUGAAUCAUGUUGUUACUCAGAGUUUCACGCUAUGUGAUCUCCAGACAACUGAUCUAUUUUCUUUAUUAUUUUUGUAAGUUGAUGUAUAUAUAUGACUGGUGUUUGUCAGUGAUUGAUAAAAGUAGUACUGCUUUAGUUUGUAAAGCGGCAAAAUAUUGGAACAUUUAUUGCUUUUUCAGAGCUCCAGCAAGAUUAUCCCAGUGAAAUAUCUAUUGUAUUUGUACUGUUUUAUUAGAUGUUAUAUUUUUGUAUUUUGUUCAAUAUAGAUUAACAUUCCUCGUACAGAACGUCAACACCAAUUAUCCACAGAAUCUGACAAUAUCGUAAAAUUUGAACGUGGGAAUUUUCAUGUUAUAUAAUGUUUUAAAUAAUAUUGGCCACUGUUGACAUCUCCUAAAUGCUCUACUGUGAAUAUGAAAAACCUAACUGAAUAUUGUCAAUAUGUUAUUUAUCAUUGGCUUGUGUUUUUGUUAAUAAAAAGCAUAGUUUUAAUUAUUUGAAAUCAGUUUCCUAUAUAAUAGCUAGUAGUAGAAAAGCUUUCAUCUCAUGUAUGUUCACUCACUACUGUACAAUACACCAAGAUUUGAAGAGAAUUUUCUAAUAAAAUUACAUUAAUACUC